AUGAGUACCAUAGCACCCCGCCUCCUCCUCAUAUCCUCCAACACCCUCCGCUCCCACCUCGGCGGCCGGAUCAGCCGGACCCGUACUUCCCGUGAUCACGCCAGCUUCCUCGAUACGCCCGCCGGCGUCCGCGGGCUCGCGUUUGUCACGAAGCGCGAGGCAGGGCAUCGGGCUAUUCCGAUAGCCCUCAAUAGCAUGUCGCGCGCCGCGGUGCCGCUGGCGGCGACACACCGACCAUCAUUCUUCAUACCCGCGCCGGCAUUGCCGAAGCUGGAGACGUCACCGCGGUCAGUAGCGGUGAGUGCGAUGUUAGGGCCGCGGCCAGCGAUAAUUCGGGUUGAUACGAGUAUGGGGGCUGCGAGGCCGGCGGUGCCUGUAGCGCCGAUGAAGAGGCCGACGUUUAAAGACGGCAGUGGUAGUGGGAGGAGUGUUGGUGGGAUGGGGCGGGUUUUGGGGUGUUUUAUCGGCAGUUGA